AUGGCAAAGUCUUUCGCUCAGUACGCCUCACAAUUUUUGACCCAGCAGCACAAUCCAGCAUCGAGUCUGUCCUCUUCGCAACCUUUAUUCUUUUCAUUCACAACCGACGAAGGGUCUCGUGCAGGUGAUGAUCAUGAUACAGUCGUUGACGACGUUGACGACCCUCAUCUGCGUGCGAGCAGACUGUCAAGUCGUGGAAAUUUCAGGAGUCAAGCACAUGAUAUAGAUGAUGAAGACCCAUAUCUGCGCCUCGACGAAGGGGAUGACCUUCCAGGGGCCUCUCAUCAUGCUUCUCAGUCAAUUCCCUUGAUAGCAUCUGACUAUGGCCAAGCUGAGUCCCAAGAUUAUCCCAAAGGCUGGCUUGCCCACCAAGCGUCUCCUCCUCGAAGAAUUCGCUCACCUUCACCGUCCCUUUCAUCCUCAUCUCUUGGCUCACCCGGCCCUACAAUCGAGUCACCGAGACUCAUGCCUAAUCGCUCUGCUAGACCACAGCCACCUCCGCCUCCACCUUCACGUGCUCGUGAGCCAGUUUCCUUAUCUCUGACCGAGUCACUGUUGCCGAGGGAUGGCACCACACGCCCCAUCGACGUAUUUUCCUUGCCAGAUCCGCGGCAUAUCACUCGAAGUCGACGAAAGUUUAAUGACUCGCACUGGACCAUAUUUUGGUGUACAGGUGUUUCUGUAUGCGUCUUUUUUUCCAUUCUACUACUAUUCUUCUCUGGCAAGACUCGCAAGGACGACGGACGGAGGGUUUCGCUCCCAUACACAACGCUGCUGCAUACAGUACCCCUGCUUACCAUAUUGACAUUUCUGAGCGCUCUUGUGGCAUAUGCCCAUGUUUUCCUCCUGCGCAUAUUUGUUCGCCCAGUUAUGAUCGCAACAUCAGUAUUCAUACCAGCUACACUUUUUAUCUCUGCUAUUUGGGCAUUCGUUGGUAGUUUCAUGUGGGAUGGAGACCAAGAGCCAACUUGGGGUGAGACAGUUGGUCUUCGACUAUUCUCACUUGUACCCCUCGUUCUCUCCGUCAUCACUGCCAGACGCCUAGUGAAUUUACCCCGAGAAAUUCAUUCAACCUCCUCUAUCCUUGACCUUACCACACGGCUUCUCAUUGCAAAUCCUUUCCUUCUCGCUCUCUCUCCCGUGAUGCUUCUCGCCAUGCUGGUUGCAUCUAUACCAUUCAUUACCCUGAUCUUCCGACUCCUUUUGAUUGGUUAUGUCCUUGAACCCAAUGGGACAUUAGAAGGGCAUGUCCAAGGAUGGGCGAACUGGGCGAUAUUUGGUGCGGUCGGCGUAUGGCUUUGGAGCUGGGGCAUUGCAAAGGGGAUGUUGCGUACUACUUGUGCGGGUGUUAUUGGCGCUUGGUACUUUGCCGACCCUGACGUUUCAAUCCCACUGCCAAGCGAUACUCACAUUAUUCAUGCUGCUCUCAUGCGGGCUGCAUAUCCAUCUCUCGGAUCGAUUGUCCUCAGCGCGCUCAUCCUCACGGGUAUCCGAUUGCUAGGGCUCCUCACCCUGGCCCUGCGCUGGCUUCCGCUCUAUCUACCGCUUGCACUGCGUCCAUGGUGUCGGCCUAUAAUAUUUGGUUCAGGCAUGGCUGUCUCUUAUCUAGAGAGCGUUACAACAUCCUUGAGUAAGUAUGCGCUCGUAUAUACUGGGUUGACUGGAGACCCCUUCUUUGUGAGCGCAAGGAGAGCCCAGGCUCUCACUGCCUCCGUCGAGACUACUAGCGCAGGUCGGUACCGCAAGAAAUUCAAGACUGAACCACCAUUACGGAUACUUACCUACGCACCAUUAACGCUGACAUUCCCCUUCGCACUUAUGACGUAUCUUUUUGUCGCACACACAUUGAGCGCACCUGACUAUGCGUUGGGAGCCUCGUUACUUGCUGGUGGUGUCACCGCACUCGUGGGCUUGUUUUGCGUAGGACUAGUCAAGGAUGUUGCUGAUACGCUGUAUCUGUGCUACUGCAUCGACAAGGAUGUGGGCGAGAGACAUAGGGAGGAAGUAUUUGUUGCUCUCGAAUACGAGAUACAACCUCGGACCGCAGCUCGACCACAACCUCAGACUGCGGUUUCACCGCAACCGCAGGCUCAGCCGCGCUCGUCGUUAUCAGGUCGGCCUGAACAGGCAUCUCCGACUCGGGCAAAGCGUCCAACAGCCAUCUCUCCUCCACGAUCCAACCCACCGCGCGUACCUCAACAAUAUACUCCUCCCUCCCCGAAACCUGUUCCACGUACCAUUCAACCUGUCCAGCCGAUACAGCCAACCAUCCCAGAUGCAGACAUUGAUCCUUUCGAACACGAACCUAUGGGGUUUGAUGCACCUGCAGCGCAACUCUACGGGUACGAUCUCUCCCCCGAGCCUCGUCGCGCGUCAGUGGACGACGACGAGAGCCUUGAUGAAGACGACGAGCACGGCGAAGAGUCGCAGCUUUUCCCAGGUUCAGGGCUUUUCUGA